GAAUGGACUGGGUUUUGAAGUUAGCAUCUGCAAUACUAUUGUUUGAAUUAGUUGAAGCUUUUCCUCGGAAUGAGAAAGAGGCAAAUAAAUACGAAAGCGACAGCAGUCAUAGAAAUUUAAGGCUAGAACUCCACCAUGAAAAGAAUGAUCCUCAACAUCAAAAGAAUAUUUUGGUACCUUAUGAAAACUCGUUAAAACAAAUAGCGAAAAACCCUGCGUCAGAUAGAAGUGGUAAAGUAUUUCAAAAACUGUUCUCAGGAAGGACAAUGAACACUCCUCAAAACAGAGAACCAUCUUCUCAGAAUAGGAAGGACUCAGUUGAAAAAUACGCUCUGCUGGCUUUGAUUCCUAUGCGAGGAAGAAGGACAUGGAGGAGAAGAGGCUUUAAGAUAUACAACGCAGUUCCGGAUGCAAGAUACCAUUUUGAUUCCAUGGCUAUAGACCCAAUGUUUAACUUUCUUGGCAUUGGAAAGUAAAGACUCUUUUACUUAUAAUGCAAUGGGACUCUGAUGGUAAAUGAUUUUAAUCGACAAAUAAAGUGAUUUGUGCAUGCGCAGUUAAGUAAAUGGAGCUGGUAAAGGUAAAAAUAAAGUUUAAAAAUGUUGAUUGGCUGACUGAUGUCACCCAGUCUCAUUUAGUUGCGAUUUGA